AUGGCAAAUGCUGUAUUUAGUGUAUUCAAAAAAUAUGACUUAAAUAUUGAUUAUCUUCGAGGCCAAUCCUAUGACAACGCCAGCAAUAUGUCUGGGAUUUAUGCUGGACUGCAAGCAAAAAUUAAAAAUGUCAAUCCCUUAGCAAAAUUUGUACCAUGCUCUGCUCAUUCCCUUAACUUGGUGGGAACUAAUGCAGUUGAUUGUUCAUUAGAUCUAAUUAAAAAUGAUGAUGCUGAGAAAACACUUUCACGAAAUGAAGCUAGAGGAAUUCUAAACAAGUUAAAUAAUUUAGAAACUGCUUUCCUAUCUAUAUUCUGGGGUCAAAUAUUACACCGAUUUAACCUUACGAGCAAGAAAUUGCAAUCUGUCAAUAUCGAUUUGAGUGUAGUGUGCGAAUUUACAAUUAAGCAGUUUCAAUCCUUUACUAAACGGUCAAAAAGUAGAAAACAAUUUUUUGAUGAAGGACCAUCUAAAGAAUCAACAGUUGAAUACUCUGAUUUUAGAAAUGCUGAAAUACUUCAAAAUAAAUAUAAAGAUGAUCUCAGCCCUUUAUUUGCUAAUGAAUGUGUUCAUUUUAGAAGCCACUUAUUAUCUAUCGGUGAUAAGGCUCCUAAAACCAUUCAGGGAAUGUGUAGUUUUCUGAGAAAAAAUGAUUUGAUAGGUAUGUAUCCUUAUAUUGAUGUGUCUCUGAGAAUGCUGUUAUGCACACCAGUUAGUAAUUGUUCGACAGAAAGGUCUUUCUCGUGUUUAAAACGUAUUAAAACAUAUCUGUGGUCUAGUACCUCUGGAGAAAGGCUAAAUUAUUUAGCUAUCAUGAAUAUUGAAGCUGAUAUAACAACUAACAUUCAAUUUGAUGAUGUAAUUCAAGAAUUCGCAACACAACAGAGUAGAAGAAAAAUUUAA